GACAGCAGGACGCACAAGUACAAUAAACAAACUGUCUGAGAUAGUGAAAGUACCUUUUUAAACGUAAAUCAUUCGUAUUUUGGGGCGUCCUUUCAACCGAGCACAUCUGUUGUGACAAAGUACGCAUUCUGCACCGAGGACGCAAGGCCGAGAGCCGAGAUGUUGAGCUUUCUCGGACUGCGGAAGGACUCGUCCAAGAAGUCCACGCCGGAGAAGGAGAUGGACGGGUUCGUCAUUUUAGGAGAGACUGUGGAGGAGCAGAGGCAGAAGAUGCAGUCGAUGAAUAUCGUACAGCCUUCAACCAACGUCAUCGUUCUUCCAUCAAAGCAGUCCUCCAGUUCGAACCCCGCCCCGCCCCCAGUACCCGCCCAGCCUGCCGUGGCCACGCCGGCGCCCGUAGCGGAAACGGUGCCGUCCCUCCCCGAGCUCCUGGGGGACGUGCCCUUUACCCUGGCCCCCCACGUCCUGGCCAUGCAGGCGGGCAUACCGCAGCUCCCCGAAAUACUCCUGUCCCACGACAUCAACGACAACCUGGCCAGCUACCGCUACGACUUCACCCUGGAGAACUCCGUGCUCUGCGACUCCUAGUCUCGCCCGCCCGCUCCGGUACUCACAGGCCUUUUCCCAAAAUCCCCCAUCUCCUCUCCUUUUUACACACAUCAGCGGUUUUUACAUCAAGCUCCAGGAAUGCCUUAAAACAGGAGCAGUAUUUUCCAGUCAGGUUAAAUAAUUAUAGAGUGUGGAGCAGACUUUCCUCAGAGGUGAGUUAAUACUGAACAGCGUAGCUUUCUGAGUCCUAACUGUACCAUCACUGCAUCUGAGUGUGGGUCCUGCGUAAUUCCUAAAAAAAGAAAGGGGAAACCCUGGCUGAUGUUGUGUUUUUGUCCCCAUUGAUAAAACAAAUAUAACAGAUAAUAGAUUUAUUUUGGAGAGUUUCUUUAGCUAAAUAUUGAGGGCAAGCUGGUGAAAACACAUCUGAGGGGUUGAGGGGUGUGUUCUCAUUGUGCUCUUCUUUUAGGCAUCUUUACUUAUUUUCCUCCAGGUUUGCAAAGAGCGAGACGGAACCUUUUUUGCCAAGUGCGUGUCAGGGGGGACGUGAGGUAAAGUAGCACAGCUUCGGUGUGGGGGAGUGGAUGUCACUUUAUAAGUGUUUCACAAUCAGUCUUGGGUGUUCUUGGGGGGAAAAAAACGUGACAAUUUUGAAAACACAUUUAAAAAAAUCCUACUUAGAAGCCUUCUGGCACAUGACAGUACUGAGGGUUCUAGUUUACUGACCUGGAGACAGAGGUGGAAGCACAUUUUGUGUGUUUCUGUCUGUCACGGACAAACUAAACUUUUAUUCUAUGAAAAUCAGCUCUGUUAGUGUUACUCUUCCCCUUCUAUAGUGCAGGUAGAGUCCCACAUGAGAAAGGGACCUGGACGCCGCCCUCAGUGAUGCACACAUGCCUUAGCAUCUCCAUGAAAAACAAACAAAUCAAAACAAACCCCUGCGUGAGGUUUGCCUCUGAUUCAACAUUCAUAUGUAAUGUGGUAUAAACUGAAUCACUUAAAAAAAUUAAACAUUUUGUGGAUAUUGUUUGUGGACAUUGCCUGCUACAUGACAUUUUGCAAAUAAUUUACAAGCAUAAAUUUAUGUAACAUUCAGAUAAUCCCAAAAAUGAUCAGAGAAUGUGUCUAGACAAAUUGUGGUUUGCGCAAUAGUGUAGUAGUAAAAAAGAAAUUAUGUUGUUUUCUAAAGAAAUACUGCUUGGCAGAAAUGUCUGUUUCUUUAUUCAACAUCCAAAGUAGGAAGAUAACACAAGCACUUUUCAAUAUUGUAAAUGAGUGGGAAGGUUACCUGUAUAUCUUCUGUGUUCUCUCUGUGGUUUUUUUGUUGUUGUUCAUGUGCAAUUUUUUUUUGUAGAUGAUAUUUCCUGCUGUAUAAUUAAUGCAUACAUCUGUGGUGAUGUGUAGAAAGCCAGGCAUGUAAAACUUGCAAACUGAACAGCACCUUUCCUUUGAUGAAGGCAGUCUGCUGAAAGAUUCUAACCCUCAUCUUUGCGUAGGCGAAUGUCCAGCAGGGAUCCUUCAGGAAUGUAUUUUUUGAUUUUCUUUUGAACUGUAAAUCCCAGAUUUUAACUUGCAGGAUGGAUGAAGAACUCAAUUGGUUUCCAUUGAAAACAUACGUAUUCUAUACUUAAAUUCUCUUAGACGUAAUGAAUAAGUACUCCUGGAUGUAGCCUUGUCAUAUCAGCAUCUUUGUGACAGAGGGCUUGUGGGAUUCUCCUGGUUCUGCAAACACUGGACUUUUGCAUGCUUUUUCUGCAGUUUGCACCUGGCGCUACAUGCUCUGGGGCCGAGAGCACGGAAAGGCGGCCGCAGUGUUGCGCUGCGUUGGCGUGUGUUUUAACACCAAUAUUUUGAUGCAUGUUUGUAUUUGCUGACAUUUUUUUUCUCCCAUUCUUGCAUGUUUAAUUGAAAGGGUGAGUGUUGAGUCGGUGCUUUUGAUUUAUGGCAAAGCACUGAAGUGUGUGAGACACCAGCCUUCAGUCUGUCCGUUUCCUAGUAAGUCUGGGCUGCGUGGGUCUGUGUUAUUAGUGCCAUGAAGACAGUUUACAAAAGCUGACAUAAUUAACGAGUCCUCUGGUUAUGUGUGGUUUCAGAAUACAUCUCACUUUAUUCUUCCACAUCCCUAAAUAUCAUGUACUGUAACGUAGAGGAGGUAAUCCAAGGAGAGAGGGAGUUCUUUACUACUGUACAGACUCACCAAAAUGACCGUCACCAUUUGUAAAACGGCUAAAUGUCAGAAUAACGCUGUGCCUUCAUCAGUUGUGGAGAAAUUUAAAUUCAGCUUCAAUGGCACUUUCAGUGCUGUCAUUUUGUAUUCUUGUUAUUCUUCCAAGUUUACACUGUUUUUAGUGAGGGGGAAAUGACGGUGUUUAUCUUUUUCAAAUUAGACCUUUCUGUGUUCAGUGUCAGACAUUUUGUUUCCUAUAUCAAAGCUGUAUUUGUUAGAAGAUGUUGUGUGGAAAGUAAUAUUAGAAUUGUGCAUUGUGAAUUUUAGCAGUUUAAAUGCUGUGUUAUUAAAUUAUUUAAGG